GGCCGUCAGUCGCGUACGGCUCGUCGGGCCGUGAACGUCGUGGUAGGGGGUAGUAUGCACAUACGCGUGACCGCGCGCGUGUCUCUAUCUCCGCGUACUUCGUAAAUGAUUAGAUUCUCCGUGCCGCGAUCGUUUACGCUUUUCCCCGUGAUAAAGUGCAACGAUCAACACCGUAGGAUCUCCAGUGCCAUUGUCGAAGCCUCCGACAGAUGCCAUGGAUUCCUGGAUGUACGAUGUGGUUUGUAUGAUGUCCGGUGCCGGCACCGAAAUCAUGAUCGGGAACAACAGAACCAUGGCGAACAUCAAGCAAGAAAUCGAGAAUCCCACCACGCCCACGCAAAACUAUCAAGUCUGUUCACCGACCACGACUCUUCAGCAUCAAGAGGUGAUCUGCGGCAAGGUGGAAAUGCAGACUGAUUACGGCGGAGGUGAAGGUAGCCCUGGCAGCCCUGAGAUGCAUCACUGUUCCUCCACGACGCAGCCCUUGGGAACACCAGAGGGAGGCGUGAAGGAGGAGGACAUGAUACCUCGAAGGCUUUGCCUCGUGUGCGGGGACGUGGCGAGCGGAUUUCAUUAUGGAGUCGCGUCUUGCGAAGCGUGCAAAGCUUUUUUCAAAAGAACGAUACAAGCCAGUAAUUUUACAGGUAAUAUCGAGUACACGUGUCCAGCGAACGGCGAGUGUGAAAUAAACAAACGCAGGAGAAAAGCUUGCCAGGCGUGCAGGUUUCAGAAAUGCCUCCGCCAGGGCAUGCUAAAGGAGGGGGUUCGAUUGGAUCGUGUUCGAGGUGGCAGACAAAAAUAUAGAAGAUCCACCGAUCCCUAUACACCUUUAAAGGCAGCCCCGUUGGAAGCAAACGUAGGACCAGGAGGUUCUAACGAAAUCAUAAAUAAUAAAAUGCUGGAAGCUCUGGCCGCCUGUGAACCCGACAUGUUGCAAGUGUCUAAUCUCUUCCACACUCUCGACACGGAUCAAAGAAUACUUGGUCAGUUGUCGGACCUAUACGAUCGGGAAUUGGUUGGAAUAAUCGGUUGGGCAAAGCAGAUCCCUGGAUUCAGCACUCUAGCUCUGAACGACCAGAUGCGACUUCUGCAAAGCACGUGGGCCGAGAUAUUAACGUUCAGCCUCGCGUGGAGAAGUAUGCCAAACAAUGGUAGAUUAAGGUUUGCCCAAGAUUUCACGCUUGACGAACGACUCGCCCGCGAAUGCCACUGUACAGAGCUGUACACACAUUGUAUUCAGAUCGUUGAGAGGCUGCAACGAUUGGGCUUGACCAGGGAGGAAUAUUACAUGUUGAAAGCGUUAAUAUUGGCAAACAGCGACGCGAGGUGGGACGAACCACAGGCCCUCUAUCGUUUCCGAGAUACUAUACUGUACGCCCUCUCAGAUUGUGUGGCCGCAGUAAGACCAGGACAAGCGCUUCGCGCCACUCAAAACAUGUUCCUAGUGUUGCCCGGUCUCAGGCAGGUCGACGGAAUUGUUAGAAGAUUUUGGUCUAGUGUCUAUCGAACGGGGAAGGUACCUAUGAACAAGCUGUUCGUAGAAAUGUUAGAAGCUGCUCACUACCGAUGAAGCGCCGACUCGAACUCGAUUCAAAGAAAAAUGUGUAUUAAAGGACUCCAUAGAAGCGUCUGAUCGCUCGCCGACGAAUCAUCAACGUUUACACUUACAACACUCUGGCAGUGAGGUUAGGGCACGUUUCGUCGCGUCCCCUUGGGAGUGUGAGCGGACAGACAGUGCGUGAUAGUGAGACGUAAAAAAAGAGGAGGGACACUGUGCAGUUUUAUUAUUUUUCUUUAAGAAAAAGACUCACGGACAAAAUGGGCUUUAUUUUUCACUAAGCGAAAGUGUUGAAGCGUGAAGCUUUGGCCAGUGAUUCCAGCAGUCGUCGAAACACGCGAAAUAAUUUUAGGAUAGCAGGCACACACUUUUGUCGAAGUAACCAAACUUUCCUUUUCGAGUACCCCAUUUACAGGUACAGAGAAAAAACAAAACGAUGUUAUUUCAGGAUAGGGUACCUAGUACAAGAAGCGAGACGCUUUAAUCCCGGAGCCCUCGUUUUAGGAUAGUAUAUGAAAAAUCUGUCGACAAAGAUAGAGGAACCUACCAAAUAAACAAAUAAAAUAAAAACGUUUUCAUUUACGUUGUAUUGAUCGGUACCGAUCGUGCGAGACACCGACACCGACGCCGACAUCGGUGAUCGUAGAAAUCAAAUGCAAAAUGUAACUAACUGUGGGUGUUUGACGUUAUAUAGUUAGCAUCGUGUUACCAAAUGACCACACCAGUUUAAUCAAAAUUACAUACGUAGCUGCAGAUAUUUUAGUUACGUCUUUUCUCCGAGGGAAAAGAAACAACUGAGUCAGUCAAUACGAGAUUAGAAGAAAGACGCGAACUCUAUUUUUAAUAGUGUCGAUGAAAAGGGUACGUCAUUUUAUAUGUAGAGGUAACUGCACGUUUUAAUACUAUCGAACCGUCGUAACCGACCGCUAUAAAUGUAAAUCGAUGUGUGUACUGCAUUGAACAUCCAUAGUUCUAGUUGAGCGAAAUGAAUUUAGUAUGCGCCGUUGUACAAAUCGAACCAAUCAUACGAACCAACAGCUAGCUGGCCGGCGAAUAAGGGAAAACGAAAGAAUGGCUGGAUCGUUCUCGAUUUAAGGCCAUGCUGUUUUUGCGUUGUUUUUUUUUUUUUUUGUACGAGAUAAUACAGAAGAGAAUAGUUUCGGGAACGUACCUCUGGCCAGGUUGCCAGGGUCUUAGGAGAGAGAGAGAGCUGAAGAAAAAUUUAAUCGAUUGUUGAAAUGAUCGCGGAAAACUGUUAUUCGCGCGUGCCACACAGAGAACGUAGGAAAAUAUAUUAAUUGUUAACUGGAGAAUAUAAUUUAUGGUGUACUAAAUCAACUACGAAGGAAGUAGGCAUUUUUUUUUGCUUUUUCACUCCGCCUACGUUUGGCACGGACAGCUUUUGACUUAGGAAUUGGUCUAUGGUUUCGGGUACGUCUACUUCUCUCCUUUGCGAUGCGGUAGCAGAGGUACCUAAUGCAUUUCUAUUCUCCGUAACCGCUUCAUCCUCGUAACGUUUACUCGACUCUUUGUGUUUCUCAGCGCGAAUAAUCGGACCUUCUUUUACUUUUCUGAAACUGAAUGGUUUUUCUUUCUAUUUAUAUCGUGAAAGUGACUUUUUUAUUUCAUAUUUUUAAUUAAUCUUCCGCGAUCCCAAAUCGGGACGCUCCCAGCAGUUUAACUAGCGACAUCUCGAUCUGGGACCACAGAAGGUUAAGAGAUUCGAAGUAAAUCACUAACCUUUAACUAACCAUUCAACGAUAAUCUGCAACGGAAAACCGUUUCCUUAUAUUAUAUUGCUAUAUUAUAUGUAUUCAGGGAUCUUUAUUAUCUAGUUAUUAUUGUUAACGAGAUCUGUGCACGGAGCUUGCGCAUAAUAACGCUUUUCCUCUAAGCGUACAAAAAUUAACGAAUUGAUGAAAUAUCGUACAGGAACGACUAAUCACGUGCAAAGUGAAAGUUCAGUUUUUCAAAGGAGGAGACGCGUGUUCGUAACGAAACAGGUGAAGUUAUUAUUUGCUGUUUACCAACGCGCGACAGGAUCUGCGGCAAGGUUCUCGCCGAUUCUUUGGAUCUGCCCUAUUGUUAUUUCGCGGUAAAUUAGUGGUUAUCGAACGGAAAGAAAAAAUUAUUUAAUGAGAAUCGUUGGGAAUGAAUAUUUUAUUGUAAUAACGUUGAGAUGUUCGGCUACUGUUCAAAUGUUUGGCCUGCGAUCGAUCGGAUCGGUUCGGAACCUUGCGAUCUCGAUACGCGGGAUUCUCAUGUAACGUUUUAGAGUGCAAUAAUAUCAGGAUACAGGCGAUUGCAUUGUUUCUCUCGCGACACCGUCCCUUUUUUGAGUUUCCUUUGUUUCCGCAUUGCGUCUUCGUUCUCCUACCGGUUCGAAAAACUUUGUUUAAUCCUGCUGCAUUUAAAUAUACAAUGCAAAAUAGUUCACAGUGUGACGCUUUACGCAUUGCGUGUCCUUCCUCCAAUCAGUAUCUUACAAGAUCGAGCGCGGCAUGAACGCUCGUCACUCAUUGCGAAAUUAGAUGAAGCGACGAACACGAGCGGGAAUAUGCGAGAAACGCGACCGGCUGUUAUAUCACUGCGCGUUUUUGUUUCUGUCAAACCAGUGUUGGGCGAAACGUGUAAUCCACGAUUUGUAGAUAUAAUUACCGAGUUAUCGUAAUGAUGGUCAACGACAAGAUCUCUUUAGUGGUCUUCGUUAUGUUAAGAAUAAUACGAACGAGUUUCGCCCUGGAUUUACUAGUCGAGCUCAUCAGUAAUUCUUAUCAAUCGUUCGUUGAACAGUCCGCAACUACUAGAUAGUUUGUUAGUACGCGAUAAGCUGAUAGAUUGUUGAAAUGAUUAAUAGCGGCUAAGGCAGGGCCAUCUAGUUAAGCCUCGCUAAUGAAACCAGCGAAUCCAGAACGGAACACAUUAUGUAUUAUUAAUCCCUGUACCAAAGCUAUUAGUACUGAUUUGAAUAUAGGUCUAAAUUUGACGAGUAAUUACCGCCCAACACUGUCAGGCGUCCCUUCUCAGCUUUUACUGUUUCGUCCUUUUCGUUCGCUUCAAUGGUGUCAUUUUUCUGUUCUGCGAUACAUGUAAGGUUCCUGAAGAAUCGAUCAUGGGAAACUCCGUUGGACGGACGUUGUUGCGAGAAACGUUUGGUGGCGUCACGAGCCACCCGUUCCGCCAAUUUGUGUGUUAACGUUUGUUGUAGUUUAUCAGGUGUGAUGUUUUAAGAAUGCUUUGGUACGCACGUUUCAUUCGUGAACUCGUCGAUUGUACAAUUUCUUCUGUUCGCCAGCCAAGUAAAUAGGCUUUUUCUAUGCAGCUGUGAUAUACGCGUUGUCGGAUGCAUCGGAUCCGCACCCUUUAAACAUUUAUCCGCGUAUUCUAUCCGCGCGUGCCGUCGAGAUUCGUGAACCACUCUGUUCUUCUUUCUUUUCUCGAGACGUUGCGUUUGCCUGCGUCAUUUCGGUAUGAAACGUUUCGCAGAGGCCUAAGAACUAGCAGGUGUACGUUAACCCUCUAUCACAUUGUGUAUAAAUAACGGAAUAAUUUCUGUUUCAACGUGUAAAGUGAAAUUCGUGCGAUAGAGGGUUGAACAACACUUUCGAAGCACCGUGUAUGUCGUUACUGCUGUGUGAUUUUUCGUUUAUCGAUGGAUCACUCGUCUUUUCCGUUACUCAUUAAUCGUUGUUCGUUGCGAAUGCUGCGAGCACUAGGUUCAUUGUUGUCUUGUGUGCGUCGCGCGAUUAAGGAAAGAGAGCCGGAAAGAGAAAUAUUUUUACGAGUCUGACACGAAACGCGUCGGUUCGAGGGGUUGUGUGUGUGUGUCACCGCACGACUUUAACGACCAUAUUCUUCGUGUAUGUUCAAUCGAUUCGCCGUGACGGUAGAAUCGUAGUCUCAGGGUUUCGAACAAACAAAACAACCAACAAAUAAACAAAGGAUACAAAUUUAGACACCUAUAUAAAUAGAUAAGGCGCGCGAGUAUAUUUGUGGAGCAAAAUAUUAUAAUAGUAAUAAUAGUAAUAAACGAUGAUGCUGGUGAUGAUGAUGAUUAUGAUGAUGAUGAUGAUGCUGAUAAUGAUAACAAUAAUGAUAAAGAAUAUUCAUAUUAAUAUUAACGAUGAUCAUGAUGAUGAUAAUAAAGAUAAAGAUAACAAUGGAACACUACUCGAUGACCUAUUACUUCGCGGAUUGGCCGCAAUCGAUUCUUGCAUGUCGUAGAAAAAUAGAAGGCUGCAUCAACGAUCUAAGAACACAUGCUUUAUCUUUCGUUUUAUAUCUUGUAACAGAUUACUUUCUCCAAGUGUGUACAUUAGUGUAUUCAAACUAAAACUCUUUAUUUUGCACACAUUUUAUGUUAAAAAUGGCCCAGAAAUCAGACUUCACACUUAUAUUAGAGCGUCGAGUUCCCGUUCGAACUGGUCACGUGUCGCGGAAAUUCGCGUUUAGAAAUGUGCCGAUUCCAACGAAAUAGAAUCUAGACGGUCUCAGUCAGCGCAGCAAUCAUGUCGCGAAAGGUGCUUCGACGCGUGCAUCUCUUUUCGUUAACCUUGCUUCUCCCGAUCUUUUGCAAAGGAAGCUAUUCUGCGAUCGCAGAGGACUGUAAGGACUUCGAUAUCGACGUGCUCGAGGACUAUUUGUCGAAGUUGAAUCUCGAGAACGUGCCGACAAUCGCUAUGAUGAUUGGCGGGUUCCAGUGUCCGGUCACGACGUUGCCCUUCGGCGCCCUCAAGUCUGACUGGGCGAGGCUGAUGCUUCUGCAAAGGGCGCAACCCCAGGAGUCGAUUCUAAAGGAAAAACUGAGUCGUCUUUUCAGAAUCUUGGCGAUCGCUUACUUCCAAAUCGAGGAACGCUUCGAUUUCACGGAAAACGUCUCUCGAACUACCAGUAUCAACGCCUCAACGACGCGCGAAAUACCUAGCAGUGAUCAUUCGAAGAAGAGCACCGAGAAACCCAACUUGCAUUCAAAGAAAACGCCUGGAAUUCCUGGAAGCUUUAGUCCAACCACUGUCCUUGGUACCGAGGAAUUCAUUGACGCGACCAAAAUCGAAGGAACUGCAUUCACGAGUCCGUAUGUAACUGGAGAAGACGGCGAACGCGACUUUUUUGUUAGAAUUCGCAACGGUUCUUCGACUACCAUCGCGUCUUCACCUGUUGGCAUUGAAACGACGUUUCCUUCAACCAUUGUAGAACAGAUCGUAAACGCUUCCAAGAACGUUAGCGGUUUAGAUAAUUUUUUUGAUUCGAUUACAGUCUCGACGUUAGAAACCAGUACUUUAAAUAACGGGAGCUUUGAUACUUCUAGCUUGACUUCUGCUAAUUAUCAAGGAUUAACAACAGAAAAGGAAGGAAUUAAUUUUACCAGUGAGGUCCAUGCAACAACGGCUAAAAUGGCAAAGAAAAUGCCUGGCAGAGGCGAUUCUCCCAUACCCAACGUUUCUGUGAGUUUUGAGACUUUUGAGGAGCAAAAGAACACGACUGUCAUAGACGAAGAACCGAAGAUCCCCGUAGCGCAAUAUCGCGAUGGCACCGACUCUAACUUCCCUGAAUUUGCAAAUAUAAGUAGCACGGAGAUGUCCGAUGUAAAAAGUACGACCGAAAAGAGUCACAUUUAUACGAAUAGAAUUUCUGGGAACGAUGUCGGUGGCUCGAUCAAAAGUUUCCCCACCGAGCACUCGAGUCGUCGGACGAACGGCGUUUUCCAAGUUUUCGAGGAGACUCCGUGGAAUCCCUCGAACUCCACGGUCCGUGGUAAUAAGAUAAGGAAGCCUUCGAUUUCGAGGCAACCGCCGGCGAACAACGAAUUUUGGAAAUACAUUGUAACCUCGCGAAACGUUACCUUGGCCACUCCCGUAGCCUCGAGGUCGACCUCGGAGUUUCCCGAUCGGACGGACGAGACGAAUGGCUCCCGGGGAGGUUCAGUCAAGUCCAAGAAACGCGGAAGUUUAAACACGAACGUCGAGAAAAAUUUUCGGUGGUUUUACAACGUUGGACAGCUGGACAAAGACGAACGCGCCAGGAAAGACCAGCUUGGGAUUCAUAUCGAAUGCGGUGGACAUUGACUUCUUGGAUGCUUUGGCUGUUCCAAGUACUGAAUAGAAUCUAUAUACAUUAACGAGAAAUCGAUAAGUGUUAAAAUAAAUGCACUAUGUGUAAUUUUCUGAAUUCAAAUGGUCGACAUCGUUUACACGAAGUUUUACAAUCUGGUAUCCGAAAGCAUUCCUCGUAUGCCGCGGGGACGGAGGCAAUGCUACAGUGAUAAAAAGAAGCAAUAAAUUCUGUAAGGUCCCAGAUGCCAACAACGGAUCCAAUUGGUCGCAAUAAAGUUCUUUCAAUUUCA